AUGGCCCUAGCAAACAAGAAUCACAACCCUAAUGAAUCAACCAUGGCCAUCAUGCAGCAAGCAAGCGCGUUUUACGAGCACGACUUCAAGAAUUCUUCGUUAAUUCACGAUUCCUCCAGCUCGGACGACAUGCACGUUUUAUCGUGCAAGCAUCAUCAUCAUCAUCAGAAGAAGAAGAAGAAGAGUAGUGUUUAUGAAGAAAGCCGGGACAAGGACGAAUUCGGGCUCGCCAAGAAUCUCGUGAUCAACAACUCAUCCCCAGUCUCUAGCCGCAGCAGCACAAACUCCAGCGGUUUAGGUUAUCGUCGUCACUCUCAUCACAACUUGUCGGACGAGGGCAAUUCGGUAAUUCGCUUCAGGUCCGAUUAUGGCCGUAGUUUCGCGCAUGCCGGCGGACCCCUCUUCAGCCUCAAUCAGCAAAAUACAAUCACUAAUGGGAUUGAAGAGCCUACGAAACAUGAACUGAGCAGUAAUAAACGCCCAUCCACGGGAGAAAUUAGUGUGCAAGCUAUUAAGAAGAAGCAGAGUGUUGUGAGCUCAAGUAAUUAUAGUGGUUCAAACAAGUCAAAACCAAAGGCGGCGUCCACAUCGAAGGAUCCACAAAGUGUUGCGGCUAAGAAUCGAAGGGAAAGGAUUAGCGAACGAUUGAAGAUAUUACAAGAUCUUGUCCUGAAUGGUUCCAAGGUUGAUUUGGUGACAAUGCUUGAGAAGGCAAUGAGCUAUGUUAAGUUUCUCCAGUUGCAAGUGAAGGUAUUGGCAACUGAUGAGUUUUGGCCAGCACAAGUUGGAAAAGCUCCAGAUCUAUCUCAGGUUAGGGAGGCAAUUGACGCUAUUCUUGUCUCUCAAUGGGACCGAAACUGA